GCGCCGCGCUCUCUGCGCUCCCCCAAAGUGGCUGCCAGCCGGACGCCCACUUUCAGGCUUCGGGGGACACAAAGUGAUGAGCGCCUUCUAAAGCCUCGCCGAGCAGCAGCCGGAGCAGCUCCGCCUCUCACUCCUUGUCUUGACCCUGCCCUCAACCCUCCCCAAAGCCACUUAGGGUCCGUGCUCUUGGGGAAGGGGGUGUCGCCGGCUGCCUGGGAUGGCUUCCAAUUUUAAUGACAUAGUGAAGCAAGGGUACGUGAGGAUCCGGAGCAGACGCCUAGGGAUUUAUCAAAGAUGCUGGUUAGUAUUCAAGAAAGCUUCAAGCAAAGGCCCGAAAAGACUGGAGAAAUUUUCUGAUGAACGUGCUGCAUAUUUUAGGUGUUAUCAUAAGGUGACAGAACUCAACAACGUGAAGAACGUAGCUCGAUUGCCAAAGAGUACCAAGAAACAUGCCAUAGGGAUUUAUUUCAAUGAUGAUACCUCCAAGACCUUUGCUUGUGAAUCAGAUCUUGAGGCUGAUGAAUGGUGCAAAGUACUCCAGAUGGAGUGUGUAGGGACGCGGAUCAAUGACAUUAGCCUUGGAGAGCCUGACUUACUGGCAACCGGGGUUGAGAGAGAACAGAGUGAGAGAUUCAAUGUGUAUUUGAUGCCAUCUCCUAACUUAGAUGUACAUGGCGAAUGUGCCUUGCAGAUUACAUAUGAGUAUAUCUGUCUUUGGGACAUCCAGAAUCCCAGAGUCAAACUCAUCUCUUGGCCGCUAAGCGCCCUGCGGCGAUAUGGACGUGAUACCACGUGGUUCACUUUUGAGGCAGGGAGGAUGUGUGAGACUGGUGAAGGGCUGUUUAUCUUUCAAACGCGAGAUGGGGAGGCCAUCUAUCAGAAAGUCCACUCUGCUGCCUUGGCCAUAGCCGAGCAGCAUGAGCGCUUGCUACAGAGUGUGAAAAAUUCAAUGCUCCAGAUGAAGAUGAGUGAGCGGGCUGCCUCGCUGAGCACUAUGGUGCCGCUACCGCGCAGCGCCUACUGGCAGCACAUCACGCGGCAGCACAGCACGGGCCAGCUCUACCGUCUGCAAGAUGUUGCCAGCCCUCUGAAGCUUCAUCGAACAGAGACUUUUCCUGCCUACCGAUCUGAGCACUGACAGGAACUGCCAGGAGUUGUUAACGACUUGUGAUGUGCCAGCCACAGAUCUACCCGGGAGGUCACAGAAUGACAGCAAGGGAGACGAGGACAAAGAGAAAGAGCUUAAAGUCCUGCUAAUUGUGUGGUCAUUGGGGAAUUCUGCAAUACAACAUUUUUCUUCUCUUUUUCUUUUUUUUCUUUUUAAUUUUUAGCAUAAUUGAAACAGGCUGUAUAGAUAUAGACUUUUUGUUCCCUCUUUUACAGCUGGACAGAAAAGAAUCAAUGCCACAGAAUGAUUUUCUAUUGUAGAUACCAUGUCCCUUGCAUUUCUCUGAAUCUGUCCUUUUGUGGAUUCUUGUGAUUUUGCUUCUGCGUGUUUCAAUUGUAUGGCGGUCAGUAUUGACAAUAAAAUGGCUCUUAAUUAUUUGUCAUUUGUUUACAACCUAUUCCUUAGUUAUUAAUACUGUGGUUCUGGUUAACUACUGGAAAUCAUAUUUGAUUAUAUUACCAAUUAGUUAAAUCAGUGCUUUGACCCACUCCUACCUAUUAUGUUCAGAACUAUCCUUUCAAUGGACCCUUUGUGUUGUUUGCAGGUUACUGUUUCUCCCUCAUGCGUUCUCCUCACCCCUGCCCCCUCUUUUUUAAGGACUUUAUUUUGUUUGGAGUUCCCUCUUAAAGGAUUUUAAAAUAAAAGAUCAUUCUUCACCCA